GGGAUUUGAUGUGUGUGCCUGUGUGUGGUCCCCAUUAUGUGAAAUUCACUGGAAAACACUACAUCCACACUUUACAUGGCCCAUUUUUUUUUAAUGAUCAAUAUUCUAAGUGAUUAUCUUCUUUGCUUUUGAGAUCAGUUUGGAUGGGAGGAGGGUACUGCAUAAUGUGUAACAUUCAACUAAUCUAGUCUGUUAAUUUGGUAGUAUAGAAAGAUUUGUGAAGAAUGAAUUUCCAUACUCUUGAAGGUGCUCUUACGCAUUCUGUCUGCUUGCGGGUUUAUACUGUUGCCUUGUUUCAGAGUAGAACUUUCUGCCUACAAUGUGUGUGAACAAUUGGGAAAUUCCCUAUCAGUACACCCGCACCAUCUUGACAGCCCUGUGUUCUGCCUCUACCUUGCUAAUUGUUUCCUUGGGAUUAUUUGGAUUGUGUAGAAAGCUUUUUGCAAAUCCUCUUAUUACCGAAGUCAUUGUUGCCAGCAGGAAUAAGAUUAAAGGUGCUUAAGUCUGUAGAGUUGUUUUUAAUUUGUGCGUGUCAUUUCAGUGGUAUUUUAACAGAACUCUGUCUCCUGUCCCUCCCUUUUCUCUCAGUACUAUCUCAAGUUGGGUCCAAGAAGCCAGGCCAUUGGAAGAAAUCUCAUUUUAUCCUCCUAAUUAUUAUGCUGGCACUCAGGAGAUAAUUUUUCCCUCCAUGCUCUGCCAAUUAAUAUGCAAAUGGGCUGAUAAAUAUUUAUGCAACUGUUUAAAUUAUGCAGGGAGUGCUUUCAGUGUAUUCUGUAAAUGAAUUGUUCAUGGACUUCAAAGUGCUGGCUGCUGUGCUAACGAGGAGAGAUUUGCAUAAGGCCCUAAUCACACGCAUACUGAUUAAGCUUCAUUAUGGAAACUGCCAGCUGCAAUCUUUGUUUCUAUUUUAUUGCAAAAAAGGGAACUUUUCAUGCUUCAGUUGCCUUGACAAUGUCAGCGCUAGCUGGUAGGAGAGACUAAAACUCCUCUGAGCAACUGAAGUUUCCUUAUUCAGUUGAAGAUUGCUAUGGCGUAACUGAAGUUGUAUUUUGCUUCUCCCCUUAAUCCACUUUCACACCCCCACCCUUGUUCUUUUAGAACAUAGUGUAGGUUUGUUAGAAACAGUAGUACCUUCUUUCCCCCCACCCCAAACCGCUACCUGUUUCUUCCCUGCCUUGGACUGUCUGCACCACUAGAAGAUUUCACAGCAAUGCUGGACUGCAGUGACUAUGUUCUAGACUCAAGAAUGAACAAUCCAUCAGAAAGCAGUAAACCAUCUAUGGAGAGUGGAGAUGGCAACACCGGCACGCAAACCAAUGGCCUGGACUUUGAGAAGCAGCCAGUGCCUGUGGGAAGUGCAAUCUCAACAGCGCAGGCCCAGGCUUUCCUUGGACAUCUCCAUCAGGUCCAGCUUGCUGGAACGAGUUUACAGGCCGCUGCUCAGUCUUUAAAUGUACAGUCCAAAUCUAAUGAAGAAUCGGGGGAUUCCCAGCAGCCAAGCCAGCCUUCCCAGCAGCCUUCAGUGCAGACAACCAUUCCCCAGACCCAGCUUAUGCUGGCUGGAGGACAGAUAACCGGGCUCACUUUGACGCCAGCCCAGCAACAGCUACUGCUGCAGCAGGCCCAGGCCCAGGCUCAGCUGCUGGCUGCUGCAGUGCAGCAGCAUUCUGCCAGCCAACAGCACAGUGCUGCUGGGGCCACCAUCUCCGCCUCCGCCGCCACGCCCAUGACGCAGAUCCCCCUCUCGCAGCCCAUCCAGAUCGCCCAGGAUCUUCAACAACUACAACAACUACAGCAGCAGAAUCUCAACCUGCAGCAGUUUGUGUUGGUACAUCCGACAACCAACUUGCAACCAGCACAGUUCAUCAUCUCACAGACGCCCCAGGGCCAGCAGGGUCUCCUGCAAGCGCAAAAUCUUUUAACACAACUACCUCAGCAAAGCCAAGCCAGCCUCCUGCCGUCGCAGCCAAGCAUCACGCUCACGUCCCAGCCAGCAACCCCGACACGCACAAUAGCAGCGACCCCAAUUCAGACACUUCCACAGAGCCAGUCAACACCAAAGCGAAUUGAUACCCCCAGCUUGGAGGAGCCCAGUGACCUUGAGGAGCUGGAGCAGUUUGCCAAGACGUUCAAACAAAGACGAAUCAAGCUUGGAUUCACUCAGGGUGAUGUCGGGCUCGCUAUGGGUAAACUGUAUGGAAAUGACUUCAGCCAAACUACCAUCUCUCGCUUUGAAGCCUUGAACCUCAGCUUCAAGAACAUGUGCAAAUUAAAGCCACUUUUAGAGAAGUGGCUAAAUGAUGCAGAGAACCUCUCAUCGGAUUCGGCGCUCUCCAGCCCAAGUGCCCUGAACUCUCCAGGGCAGGGAGUUGAGGGUUUGAACCGUAGGAGGAAGAAACGCACCAGCAUAGAGACCAACAUCCGUGUGGCCUUAGAGAAGAGUUUCUUGGAGAAUCAAAAGCCUACCUCGGAAGAGAUCAGCAUGAUUGCUGAGCAGCUCAACAUGGAGAAGGAGGUGAUUCGUGUUUGGUUCUGUAACCGCCGCCAGAAGGAGAAAAGAAUCAACCCACCCAGCAGUGGUGGGACCAGCAGCUCCCCCAUCAAAGCAAUCUUUCCCAACCCAACUUCACUGGUGGCGACCACGCCAAGCCUUGUGACAAGCAGUGCAGCGACCACCCUCACCGUCAACCCCGUGCUCCCUCUCGCCAGCGCUGCGGUCACCAAUCUCCCUGUUACAGGCACUACAGACACAACCUCUAACAACACGGCCACCGUGAUUUCCACAGCCCCUCCCGCGUCCUCGGCAGUCACCUCCCCCUCGCUGAGCCCCUCCCCUUCCGCCUCAGCCUCCACCUCCGAGGCGUCCAGUGCCAGUGAGACCAGCACAACGCACACCACCUCUGCUCCUCUGUCCUCCCCUCUUGGGACCAGCCAGGUGAUGGUGACAGCAUCAGGCUUGCAAACGGCAGCAGCUGCCGCCCUCCAAGGAGCUACACAAUUGCCAGCAAACGCCAGUCUUGCUGCCAUGGCUGCUGCUGCAGGACUAAGCCCAGGCCUGAUGGCACCCUCACAGUUUGCAGCUGGAGGUGCCUUACUCAGUCUCAAUCCAGGGACCCUGGGUGGUGCUCUCAGCCCAGCUCUGAUGAGCAACAGUACACUGGCAACUAUUCAAGCUCUUGCUUCUGGUGGCUCCCUCCCAAUAACGUCACUGGAUGCAACUGGGAACCUGGUAUUUGCCAAUGCAGGAGGAGCCCCUAACAUCGUGACUGCCCCUCUGUUCCUGAACCCUCAGAACCUCUCUCUGCUCACCAGCAACCCGGUUAGCUUGGUCUCCGCCGCCGCAUCCACAGGGAACUCCGCACCUGUUGCCAGCCUUCACGCCGCCUCAACCUCAGCUGAGUCCAUCCAGAACUCUCUCUUCACAGCUGCCUCUGCCAGUGGGGCAGCUGCCACCACCACCACCGCCUCCAAGGCACAGUGAGCAGGGCAGUGCCGGGCUGCCACCAGCCUUCUCCAUUCAGCAGUGAAUCAACUGAAAAAUGUGAUCGGCUUCCUCUCGCCGUGCUGUGAGGGCAGUGGAGAGAAGAGAGAAUACACACGCCAGAAGAAAGGAGAGUGGAGGCGGAACAACAUUUGCCUAAUUUUGUAAUGAAACACUGUCUUUUCAGGAUCGCUUCAUGGGUUGGAGAACUUUAUAACCAAAAAUUAAAAAUAAAAAAGCAGAAACAGAAAAUAAU